AGUCGGAACCGGACGGAUCAGCCGCUGCGUCACGUGGAGCCUUGCAACAUCGGCGCUGCGGGAAGGCGCGAUGCCGGGGGCGGCGGGCGGCUGGCGCGGGCUGCUGCUGUUGCUGCCGCUCGGGUGGCUGGCGGGGGGCCGGGCCGGGGACCCCGCGCCCUACCAGAGGAAGAUCUCUCUGGAAUACAACCCAGGCUUGAACUCCUCUGCCGUGAACCUCCUGCAUGUCCGGGCCGUGGGUCUCAAGGACACCAUCCAUUACGUCUGGAGCACCAUUGGGGCGCCCACGGUGUUGCUGCUGUACACACAGAGCCAGAAUAGCAGCCUCCAUGUCAACUGGACCAGGCUGCUGUCUCCCGGUCCCUCUGGAGCUAUCUGGGUUGAGCCCGCGGACAGCGUCUUGUAUGCCACAGCUGUUGUCUUUUCCAAGGUGUUUGAGUACAAUGGCACCAAGACAUCCAAUCUCUCCAAGGCUCAUGCAGAUGACUUCUAUCCCACCUACAAUUUGGCCAACUUCACCUGGGACAGCCUUGAUGGUCGGCUGAAUGAGACCACCUUGACAGCAACAUUUCGGGGAGUCUGCUCAAAUCCCAGAGGAACCACCUGGAAUGGAAGCAUAUCCUUUCAGGUGACCGCUUACGAAGGGGCCAGCCGCGACGGCCCACUCCCACGCCUCCUGCACACAGCCAACAGCUCCAAGGUGGAGUUCAUCAUGCAUGAGGUUGCUCCCCGUGGCAACCGCUCUCGUUUUGCCCUGGAGAUUGCCACGGUGGAAAAGAGAGGUGGGCGUAAGCAGCUGGAAUCCAUCCGCUCCAUUGAUGAUGAGUAUACCCCGACGAUAUUUGAGAUGGCCCAGCUGGUUUCUGUGCCCCUCAAUGGCAGUCUUGGCUCAAGCUUCCUCCAGUGGAAGACGGCGGCGUACAGCGCCCUGCAGCCAAAGCGAGGAGACACUGUCCACUGCCAGUAUUACCCGCUGCAGAUGGUGAACCGCACCCUGCCCAGGCCUAGCAUAGCCCACGGCUACUUUGGAGAGGAGCAGGGGCGAGACUACAGCGUGGCCGCCAUCAAUAUAUCCUUCGGCAGCGAGGACAACGAGGCCUACGAAGAAAACGGCCACCUAAGCUGGUCUGCAUUGAUCGGCUUUGGUGAACCCCCCAAGGAUGGGUUUUCCCCACUCGUGAUCACAAUUCUUGCAGUGGCACUGGGGACCCCAGUGGCGCUUUUGGUUGGGGGGAGCAUCACUGUGCUGCUCACACGGAAGAAUCGCUAUUCAGAGUAUGAACCAAUCAACUGAUUGUCGUGAAACCAGAAAUGGACGUUUGCCCAGAGCUUCUUGGCCAAACUGGCUGCUGGUGGCUUCUUACCUCAGGGGCAUCUCUUGCUGCUGUUUCUGGGGUGUGUUACUUCAGUUUGUUCUGGGGGGGGGCUUCUCAGUGGCUGAAAACUUAAUAUGUUCUGGUGUCCUCAUUUUCGAUGGUGCUACCUGGAGGGGGGUAACCUGCUUUGUCCCAACCUGUAACUUAUUGUGGAGGGAUGAGGACAAUGCAUUUUUACAGUUUGACUCUGCUUCUAAUGAUCACUCCUCAAAGGUUUCCUUCCAGCCACUUGAAAUGAUCAUCGCUAAGAGGGGUCCACAGUUCUUGGUUGCAUCGAUGACAUUUCUGUUUGCAGCAGGGACGGGGAACCUGUGACAGGGAGGGGGACCCUUCAGGUGUUCUCGGACUCCAGCACCCAUCGUCAUCAGCCCUGACCAUUGGCCAUGCUGGCUGGGGCUGGUGGGCGCUAGAGCCCAGCUGCAUCUAGAGAGCCACAGCUUCUUCAUCCCUGGUUUGCGGCCUGGAUUGCCCAAAUGGGCUUCUGUGUUUUUCUGGCAUUGGCCAUGUUGGAGAGGCUGAAUUAUCUCUACGUUUCUCCGCCUCGCACCCUGCGAGAAGCCUUGGGAAGGUGGGGCUGCAAUUUCCUGUUCCGCUUCCUUCACCAGACAUUGUUUUUUAAAACGUGACACACUGCAUAGUAUCUAUAAUUUUGCCAGAGUGUAUAAAUCUCUGCUUGGAGAGUGGGGUGGGUGGCUCUUUCCCCCCAAAAUCAUUCCUCUCUCUUCUGCCCUCUGAAAGAUAACAGCAUUUUGCGCUGUGUAGUUUAAUCAAUGAUCUUUGACCAGACAUCUUCCCAUCCUAAAGGAGAUGGUCUGCCUUAAAAAAAAAAAAAAAAAAAAAAAGCUUUGUCUUGCGUUCAACGGGUUAGAUUUACGAAGGAACUGUUUUUUAUAUCACUGCUCUGAAAUACCUCCUUUCUGCAGUUGCCAACUUUUUUCUGACUAAGGCUCCUGUGUCUUUUUUUUUUUUUUUUUUAAAGAAACAACUUUUUCCCCUGAUACGGUUCUGCAGAGAUGGUGGAGGCUACAACAGUUUCUCUUGGCAGUGUAUGAUUAUUACUUCAACAGGAUCUCUCCUGUUAAAAUCUCUCUUUGGAUCUCUUCCCCAUUAUACAGCUGCCGAACGGCACAGGAGCAUUUGGGAAGAAGUUGGCAACAUGUUUGUCUCCCCCCCCCCCCCCCACAAAAGGUUAAACCACUAGUUGUUGUGUUUACAGGCUAUUGGCCACAAAACAAACUCAAAUGACAAAUUGCACUAUUGAUUUUAAAGUAAUGCACCUUUUUCUUCCUGGAGUUAGUUCCAUCUCCUUGCACUAGUUUCCAUUCUUCCUCUGUUCCUCAAAGCAUUGCUCACCUCAUCUGUCCUGCCUGCUGGUCUCCUGAGCGAUAGGGAUGGAAGGGUGGACUAAGGGGUCAGGCGGAGUCGAGGGUUUGGCAGGGCUGGACCCUAUGAAAAGGUAGCCAGCCCUGCCUGGGCUGCUGUGGAACCUUGUUGGCUUUUGAUGUCCCAACCUGGUGCCUUUCAGAUGUUUUGAACUACAACUGCCAUGUGCCCUCCCACCCACCCAGCACAGCCAUAAUAGUUGUAGCCUAAACAGAGUUGUAGUCUGAAACAUGUGAAGGGCACCAGGUUGGGGAAAGGAGCUGCCUUGGAGAGACAGCUCAACACAGGGGGCAUACCUGAUUAGUCUGUCUCUGCCUUCAUGUCUCAGGGUAGGGAUUUUUUUUAAUUGGAGGUGGGGGGGCUAAGUCCAACUGUUAGAGGGUGCCUGAAGAACUGGAAUCAGUUCUGAAGCUCUCAUUCAAAGGUGCGGGGGGGGGAGGGCUUUGAUUUGGACUGUGCGAAUAUCUUGCCUUUUUGGGCUGGGGGUAGAGGGAGCUGAUUCUCCCAGCUGCUUUGGCACACAGGUUUGCAACAUAAUCGAAAGCACCCCUCCUCAGCUUGGUGCCCUCCAGAUGCUGUCUGACUCCAACUUCCGUCAGUUCCCGCCAGCAUGAGCGAUGCUCAGGGGACAAUGGGAAAUGUAGUCCAACAACAUCUGGAGGAGGGGCGGAGUUUGGUCUAAAGGGACGUGAUCACUUGCAGAGGUGGUCAGGGAGCGCAUGUCUACCCCACCUGUCUUUUCGUGGACCAAUUAAAGAAGAUGGUUUCACUUUGGAAAUUGCUUCCUGUGGUUGUUGCCUGCUCACGUCUUUCUGUUCCAAAGUGUGGAUUUGGGGAGGUGAACCAUCCUAACAGAUGAGUGUGUGUGAUUUGUGGCUGUGCUGGUACCUGGGCUUGGGUGAAGACAGUGGCUAGAUGGAGGGGUGCGCACGCACCCCCCCCACACACACACCUUUCUUAAUUUUAAACAUUGGGAUAUGUUUUUUAAAUCUGCAUUUCAGAUCUGCAUUUUUUGGUUAAUACAUAUUUUAAAUCCCCCAAUAUAUAUAUUUAUGAUGAAGCUCAAUGUUUUCCAGCUAUAUAUGUAUGAUGUGCAGUCUCCCCCCCCCCUUCAAGAUUCUGGGGUUCCCAUGUAGGGGAGUAUUCUGCCAAAUUGGUUCAGUGGAAAUUUCCAAUGGUUCAUGAUCACAAAGAUUCUUUUCUGUUCUGAAGUAGCUAUAAUGAUACUCUGCCAGUCUUCUGGAUUUUUUGUUGACGAUAGGAGAGCAACAAUAAUAGAAAUCACCAUCACCAUUUGAAGACAGUGAGAUGAAAUGCAUUCGCAGCCCUCCAAGCGCAACACUCUUCGUGUGCAGAAGGAAUAAUCACCUGUUGGGGAUGCUUGAAAAAUUUGAACUUUGUGACUAUCAGCGGAACUGAUUUGCAUCUUCCGGACUUAUGUGUGGAUUGAAACUUGAAUUAUCUAGCAAUCUUUGUCCUUCCUGAAUGUUCCUAUAUAGUUCUCAGCUGAAAAAUGUAAUCACAUUGCAUUUUAAAACGUGUCCUUUUGCAA